UCCUCCGUGUGACUUGUUAUCCCUAGAAGGUGCCUGUGUAAAGUCAGUGCUGCCCGGCAAUCACAGAAGUUCCCAUUGUGUGUAAUCUCUGUGUAGCCUCCGGUGUGUAAUCAGCCGUUGCCCGGGCAAUCUGUGCUGUGCCUCUGUCACUUCCGCAGCUCUCCCCAGGCUGUGUGCUCAGAGCAGCAUCCAGGGCACAGGAUCACACUGGCAUGAGAUAGAGCCGGGAUUGCCGACACACCUGGGAAAGGGCAGCAGGGGCGGUCCGCCAUGUCUCGCCGACGUCUGGGAAGAAGCCAUUCUUAGAUCCAAGGAAUUUGAGAGCUCCGGAGAGACUGAGGGGUCAGAUGAAGAGGAUUGUGGAGAUUUGGCGAGCUAUUCGUCAGACACCGUAUUCCGCUGAGCAAAGACAGACACAGCAUCUACAGCGCACGCUUCUCCCCCUGCGGCAAACAGCUGGCAGUUGGCUUUGGCAAUGGCGCCAUUCAGAUUGUGGAUGUGGAAAGUGGCGCAGUCAGCACCACCCUGUUCUCAGGACAUCGCACGCGGCAAGCCUUGACUGGCCUCAAUUACCACCCCAAGAACAGCAACAUACUGGUGGCAGCCGGAGCCGACGGGCUGGUCUCGUUCUAUGACAUCCAGUCAGAACUGCACGUGUUAUCACUAACAGAGCAAGAGAAUGAAAUUCACGCCCUGGAUUUCAGUAUGGAUGGCAGUGUAUUCGCCACAGCGGGGAGGGAUAGAAACAUCCGUCUGUACGACAGUCACACCAACGAGGUCCUGAAUGUCUUGCUGGCUCCAGACAUCCUGAUCGGUGAUGACCUGACACUGACCAGCGGUCACAGUCGCAGAAUAUUCGCUUUGAAGUUCCACCCCUCUGAGUACCAUCUUUUCCUGACCGGAGGCUGGGAUGAUUCCAUUAAGGUCUGGGACAAGCGGAUGGCGAAGGAAGCCCGACACGUCAUCAACGGCCCUCAUAUCUGUGGCCCUGGGAUUGAUAUUAGGAACAACCACAUCCUGACUGCGUCCUGGGUGGCGCAGAACGCUCUGCAGCUGUGGGAGCUGAGGACCCGCAGCCUGAUACAAGACGUUCCGUUUCCCGCCUCCGUCCUGCACGGGGAGUUCCUCUACGCAGCCCGGUUCUGCGCCGACGACGUGGUCCUGGCGGGCGGGAGCGGAACGUGCAGCGCUCUCGCCAUCAACGUUAACACGCAGGAGAUUCUCGGAGAGGUUUCGCUGUCCAAUAAGACCGUGCAGACGGUAGACGCUGCCCGCGACGGUCAGGCUGUGGCGGUGGCAGGAGUUGGCGGUAAUCUUCACAUUGCAGAGUUCUGUUGAUGCACUGCAAGCGCAGCAGAGUGAUAAUAUCCGACCAAGAAGCAGAUGCUAAACCCGAACCAUCCAGAUGUGGUCAGGACGGAAUCCGGGGCAUGGGGGGAGGGGUCUCAUUACAUUUUACCCAGAAACUGGUUUAUGAAAUAUACAUUAUACUGUAUAUCACAUUGUAUAUCCUAGUUCCUUACAGUGCCAGAAAUAUUCUAUGUGCAGUGUAUCCAGUACAAUGAAACUAUUACUACUUGUUCCA